AUGCCUCCUGCGUCUCGGGGAUCUAUCCCGAGCGGCAUCCGUCAUGCGGCCAUGCUCUGCGGUCCUCCCUCAAACCUCUAUCGAUACCAACCUCUCGCCCGACACCGUCGCACGAUCACUCUUCCCAAUAGAAGUGCACUGAAGGCAGCGAUAGCGUACAAUGGGCAAAAGAGCGGGAAUACAACGGGUCCGGAGCCAGGAUCAAAAAAGCCAGGAAAUCCAUACAAGUCGUCUACUUUCGUCCCGUCCUUUAUCAGGAGCUGGACAUGGCGGCUCUUCGUCAUUGCCCCGCCCCUCAUGGUCCUCUUCAUGUCGUUGCCUUACACAAUCAUGCGGGUGCAGGGCGCUUCCAUGGCCCCUUUCUUCAAUAUCUCCUCCUCCCCGGACCUCCCGCCAGCCGCGCCAGACAUCAUCCUCGUGAAGAAAGUUAAGGGUAUUGGAUUGUUGUCAAGAUUGAUGGGGGACCGAUCGACCCGACUGAAGCUUGAAAGAGGUCAAAUCGUGGUUUUCUACGCCCCCCAUGACCCCGCAAAACUGGCAGUCAAGCGGGUUAUUGGCAUUCCCGGGGACAGGAUCAAACCUCUUCCCGGGUAUCCUGGUGGCGCUGACUCUGUGAUAAUACCAUACAACCACAUCUGGGUGGAAGGGGAUGCAAACAGCCGCGAAAGGUCCAUGGAUUCAAAUUACUUCGGUCCCCUGAGUCAGAACAUGGUGUUCGGUCUGGUGACCGCAGUUCUCACGCCUUGGACUUCCCCGGUGUCUAUGAGGUGGGACGAACAUGAUUAUCCCGCCAAAACCAGCGGGAGGCUGGAAAAGGACGUGGUGCAGCAUGCCAAGCUGGAUCCGGACGUGGAGGCCUCGCAACAAGAUGACCCUUUUGCGGAUGGCCGAGCUGCGAUUGAGUUGGCUAUGAUGCGGCAGAACCGAGAUCAACUGAUCACCUUGAUGAGAGACAAGUCGAAAUCGGACCGACUGAAGAAGAUGUAUGAGAGAGCAAAGACAGAGUUGCACCAGGGUACCAAUGAGUCGAAAGAGGUUGCGAGCGGUUUCGUGGAAGAACUGCAGGUCCUGUUUGAAAGUGUGGGCUUGAACAAGGAUGGAAGUCCGAUUCCUCCGGCACUUAGGACCUUGACGCAGGAUGGACAGGAGGAGGACUUCGAAAAGCAGAAAAGGCUGAAGGAAUACCUGGCUAGACAGCAGCAGGUUUCGAACGAAAGUGUCAAGCCUCAGUCUCAAACUUUGACAUUGACGAGAUAG